AUGUCUGAACCGGCAAUUUUUAGGUUAAAAUGUGCCGUUCAAAAUUAUGAUUGGGGGAAAAUUGGAAAUGAAAGUAAAGUGGCACAAUUCGCUCAAAUUUCAAAAGACUUUGAAAUUCAACUUGAUAAACCAUAUUCCGAG